UUUACAGUCGCGACUCGCUAAGGAAAUCAAACGAAAAGGUUGCCUGUUCGUCCGCGAUUUUCUGGUUGCAGAAAAUUCUAGAGGCGCAACUCCCACCACCGAUUUGGUCAAGCGAUACACGCGCUGGCUGGCUGAUCCUUCAAGCAAAAACCUGAUUGCCCCACACCACGUCCAUUUUCUGUUCAAUUCCAAAUUCCAGUCGAAAGCUCCUUCGCCCAUCCUCUCGUCCUUCAGCUCGUCUUCCUCCUAAUUCCUAUCUCGUCGAUAAUAUUUCACAAUGGCUCGUCGCCGCGGCGGUAGCUCUGGCAAAGUUUCCCGUUCCCGAUCCCGUAGCCCUCCCCCGCAGAAAGCUGUAGCUGCUUCUUCUCAUCCAGUCCAUAAGUCGAGCAGCACCGGAUCUGUGCUGGGUGGUAUCGGAGGUGCUAUUGCUGAUGGACUUGGCUGGGGAGCUGGAAUGGAAAUGGCUCACAGGGCCGUGGAUGCUGUCUUUGGUCCUCGAACUGUGAGGCACGAAACUGUUGCCGCACCACAGCAGCCAGCUGCAGCGAUGACUGCUGCUCAGACUGCUGAUGGCAAUGCAUGUGGCGGGCACUCCAAGGCUCUGCAAGAUUGCCUGUCCAGCUUUGGAGCAGACAUCAGCAAGUGCCAGGUGUACAUGGACAUGUUGGCUGAAUGCCGCAACGGCUCUUCUUCGUCGGGAGGGUUUCAGUCUGCUUGAUUCUGACGAAAGCUUUUGUUGUCUCUCGCGGGCCGCGUAUCGGGAGGAGUUAGCUCGAUUUUUGAAGUAGUACGAGGCUAUUGUUUGUCUAGUAGUAGUGAGUGGGUAUGGAUUGUUGAAGCGAAACUUAACAACUGCUUGGAUUAUGGAUGAGACGAGAUGACUGUUUCCGUUUCUGCUCCCUAAAUGUUGUUUUGUUUGGCUUGAGAAAUGGUUUAGUUUAAUUAGCGUCGGAUUAUUAUGAGUUUAUUAAUCAAGUCAUUAUGAGUCUGGGCUAGAUUUUCUUGAUCAUAAGCAUUCUGAAGAGGGGCUUGGUUUAACUUUUGAGAAGGUUUGAGUAAAAACUUUGGCUUAAGUUGUAAUCAUGUUCUUACUUUAUGUGUACGUAAACUUGGGAUGAUGUUUGGUUAUAC